GUCUGUAUACAUCCCAGAAACUGUUGAUCUGCCGCUCUGUUGCUCUCCAAGUCUCCAUCCCUCCUCACCCAAGUUUGACCAAACUCCAUUUACAGCAAGAGUGCGUCUAGUCGGCCCAGCACCAGGCCAUUAGCAGAGGUUUAGGGAACAACGACGGCAAUAUUUUAGAGCUCUCUAGCAAAGCAAGUAGGAAAAGAUAGUGGCGACUGGCGAGGCAGGUUAUAGAGGAUAACAGAGAAAGGGACGAAGGACUCACCUACGCUCUAUUACAAGGGGGAAGUAUCAUCACUAUGAAUAAAGAUAUUUGUUUGUUUAUAGAGUUUCAGGGGCAAAAAUAGAAGUUUUGCAGUAAAAGAAGAAGAAGAAGAUGCUAAUGGUGAUGACGACAAAUCCAGUUGUUAAUGAGGUUUCAGAGACACAACAAGCAAUUUUUCCUCCGAUCAAAUCAGAACGAAGAACGCCUCGGAAGGGACUGUAGAGGAAAAGAAACGUUUCUGUUCCACUUCGAAGGAAAAAGAAAAACGACAAGAAUAGUAAACCGAGGAAUUUUGACUGGAACUUUAGCAACAACUGUAGAGCAUUUUUUUUUUUUUUUGGUUUGAAGAAGAAGAAGAAGAAGAAGAUGGGUUGCUGUUAUUCAAGAGUGGAGAAAGAAGAGAUGGUUUCGCGUUGCAAGGCUCGACAGAGGUACAUGAAGCAGUUUGUAAUGGCCAGACAAGCCUUCUCUGCAGCACAUGCCAUGUAUCUUCGCUCUCUUCGAGGUACUGGUUCUGCUCUGCUGCAGUUCGCUAACGCUGAAACCAGUCUCCACCGUCACCACGAUCCCCAACACCACCUGCCCCCUGUUCUCCCUUCCCCGCCACUUCCGCCGCCGACUCCGCCACCCCCUCCACCAGUACCUAUGAGCCCAAGUUCCGAUAACUGGACUUCUGUCACUGCCUCGCCGGCUCUACCUCCUCCUCCACCGCCACCUUCAAGCUGGGAUUUCUGGGAUCCAUUUGUCCCCGCUUCGUCAAGGUCUGUCACUGAAGAGGAAUGGGAAGCCACCACAACCGCUUCGGAGGUCGCUGCUACCACUACCGCUGGAGCCAGUGUGGCUGCUCCCCCUUCUGUCGUCAGUGCGUAUUCAAAAGAUACCACAAGCGAGCUUGCUGUGGUGGUUUCAAGGAACAGUAAAGAUCUUGUUGAGAUUAUUAAAGAGCUUGAUGAAUAUUUCCUCAAGGCAGCCGACGCUGGAGGCCGUGUCUCAUUGCUCUUACAAGUAUCAAAUUUUAGUUUUUCUACGCAGAAAACAACAGGGAAGGUUUACAACUACGGAAGGAGUCUGAAUCCAUUGCCAUGGACAUGGGGCUUGAAUUCGAAAUCGAGCAGUUAUGGUAGGAUGGUUGAGGAAAAAAUUGGAGUUGAUAUUGGUUGUGGAGGUGUUCCCCAUUUCAGCCAUUCUUCCACCGUAGAAAGGAUCUACGCUUGGGAGAAGAAACUGUACCAGGAGGUCAAGAAUGCUGAGACUCUGAAGAUUGAGCAUAAGAAGAGGGUGACCCAACUUAGGAAGCAAGAGGUGAAAGGGACUGAUUAUGUGAAGAUUGACAAGUGCAAGAAAGAGAUUGAAAAGUUGGAGUCAAGAAUGGCUGUGGCUUCUCAGGCUAUAGAAACUACUUCUGCUGAAAUCGUCAGACUCAGGGAGACAGAACUCUACCCGCAGCUCCUUGAACUUGUGAAAGGAUUGAUGUGCAUGUGGAGAAGCAUGUAUCAGUGUCACCAGGUGCAAACUCACAUAGUUGAACAGCUGAAAUUCCUGAAUAUCAAUAUUGCAACUAAAGAUGCCACCUCUGAAAUUCAUCGGCAAUCAACUCUCCAGCUGGAGCUCGAGGUCCAGCAAUGGCACUUAGCCUUCUGCAACCUUGUCCAAACCCAAAGAGACUAUAUCCAUUCCCUCACAGGAUGGCUCCGGGUCAGCCUCUUCCAAUUCAACGAUGACUUUCUAACCAAAACCAAACAGAAGUCGGCAAUAUACUCUUUCUGUGAAGAAUGGCAGCUUGCACUGGAUAGGGUUCCAGACAAAGUGGCAUCAGAAGGGAUAAAAAGCCUCUUAACAGUAAUUCACGCAGUUGUAGUUCAGCAGGCAGAAGAGCAGAAGCAAAAGAAAAAGUCCGAGGCUGCAUUUAAAGAGCUUGAAAAGAAGGUAGUUGAACUUAGAUCUUUAGAGUGCAAGUAUGGCCCGUUUUCAAUGCCCAAAACAUCUGUGCGACAUAGAGACCCAGUUGCAGAGAAGCGAGCAAAGGUGGAGAUUCUGAGAUUAAAAGCUGAAGAGGAGAAGACAAAGCAUGAGAAAUUGGUGAGCGUGAUGAGAGCAACAACACUGAACAACCUGCAGAUGGGAUUUCCAAACGUCUUUCAGGCGAUGACAGGCUUUUCCAAUGUGUGUAUGCAAGCCUUUGAAUCAGUGUCCAAUCGACCCAAGAACGAUGAUAAGGGCAAUGAAGUGAAGAGAAUAUUACCUUAAGAAGUUGAAUUAAACGCAUUUGUUAUCUUUCGUAUAUAUUUGCAGCCCAUUUUGAAAAAAUAGGGGCAUUUCCUUGAAAGGUGGUGACAAGCUAAUCUGGUUGGAAGCCCUGAGUGAAGAAGAUAUGAGAAUUCGAUGGAUGGGUUUGGAUUACCCUGGUACAGGAUAGAAAGUUAUUGGGAAUUUACCAUGUAAGGAAGGAAUUGGAGUGUAUGUUUGGGUUUAUAAUUUACUAUUUGCUUUUCUUAUGUAACAGUGGGUCACUGGGGUGUUUUCUCGUCUCUUUUCAAGAAAAAAAUUUCAAGAGGCUUUUCUCAAUUGGAUCUGUCUCUAACUCUCUA